AGGUCAAGAACAUGAUUGCGGAGCUUCAGGCAGCUCCAAAGUCAUCGGCUUCCAAAGAUCCUCCUGCAGCGGCUCCUGAACCAGCGCAGCCACCGGCGCCUGACGCGGCUGCAGCGCCCCCGGCAGCAGCGGCUGACCCUGCAGCACCGGCCCCAGCCGACGCAGUGGACCCGCCAGUGGAGCAGAAUCCAGCUGCAGCAGCGGAAAACGCAGAAGCACCGGCACCAGUAGCGGAAGCGCCGGUGGCAGAGCCGGCGCAACCAGCGGCGGAGACGUUGACGCCGGAGCAAAGGCAGGAGAAGGAGCUGCGCUGGCGCCGGGCCUUGGCCAAGGCCUUCCGCGAGCUGCGGCGCUCGGAGCACGUGAAGGCUGCGUUGGAGGUGGCGGCGCCGGGGGUCAUGGAGAAGACCAUGGCAGCAGAGGCAAAGGUGGAUGCAGAAAAGGAUCCCACACAGGAAGAGGAGGAGGACAGCGACCUCCUAUCGCUGGGCAUCGGCCCGGAACACGUGAAGCGCCUGCACGACGAGCUGGCGAGGCUCUUGGAGCUGGCGGAGAAAGGUGUCACCAAGCCCAGAGCCAUGGUUCGUGCCAUGCAGAUGCUCUACCUGGCCGAUUCCACUAGUGAGGCCAUUGCAUCCCUGAAGCCAGAGACUGCGGACGAGGAAGCCUUGCAACAACUGGCGGAACGCACUGAAGAGUUUGCCCCCGCCCUGGAAGCCAUGAGAUCCCUGGCCGUGGACCGAGAUGUCUUCGCACAUUUGGCGGAGGACUUAGAGGAAGAGCAUCCUCAGGUGCAUAGCUCCGAGAGUGAGGCGUCAGAUCUUGACAAGGAAUUGGUGGGCAAGAAAAUUGGGCCCGCGCCAGUCGUGUUGCCUCCUGGUUGGCGCAUGGAGUGGGUGAAGCGAAAGAAGAAUGAGAUGCGCGAAUUCGUGGAUCCGGAGGGCAACCGCUAUCGCAACGUGCGCGAGGUGCGCGCCGCCCUGUUGGAGUACGAGGCGCGUCAAGCCGCCCUGGCGGCCGCCAAGAAGGCGCAGGAGGCGAUGCAGCAGGCGGCGCUGGAAGCGGCCAAUGCAGCGGCCAAUGCGCCCAAGAGGCGGAGGUUGCGUGGCAAAUGUCCUCCCAGCGCCUUUGUGCCAGGCGCCCCAGCACCAGCGGCUGCAUCUGCAGUGGAGGAUGCCUUCGCUGAGGAUCUCAUGAAAGCCUUGGGUCUUCAGCCAGAGGCGGCCUCGCCGGCCAAAACGCCAGCGGCGCCAAAGGCGGACCCGGCGUCUCUGGCCAAGAAGGACGGGCCGCAGACCGGCUGCAAGGUGCGGUUGAAAGACUGCGAGAAGCCGACACUCAACGGAAAGCUGGGACGUCUUGGAGACUUUGAUGCCAAAAGCGGAUGCUGGGAGUGCUUCAUGGAGACUGGUGGAAAGGUUCACGCCAAAGAAGCGCAGCUGGAGCUGCUGAGUGGUGCUUCCACCGCCAAGCGAAAAGCGCCGCCCACCAGCGCCCGUUCGGCGACGGCAGCGACCGUCUCCAAGCGCGGCCGCGGCCGUGGCCGUGGACGUGGCCGGGGUCAGAAGGCGGCAGCCGAAGACUCGGACUAGCGGUGCGC